UUCAUAUGAUUUACAGGUCACUGCAUCAAUGGUAUCCCCAUCAUCUGUGCGUCCAUUAUGGCGCCCCCUGCUGAAUAUAAUUGCUCUACUGCAGCUCUGUUUUAUGACUAUCGGGCUCUACUAGAAUGGACAUGUUAUUAAAAUAAUAUAUACAAACAAACUUCUUUUUUUUUAUUCUACUACUGUCAGGUACACACAAUCAAUAUCAGUGCUUUUGGCAGGUAAAUAUUUAGACACCAAAAACCCUACACUUGACAGGACUAUGUGAUUUUCUCAACCCCCGUUUGCUUUGAUCUUAUAAAAAGCUCUGGUGAUCAGGUGACUUAAAUCAUGACAAAUCUUUGCCAAAGCAGUGUAUCCAGGCACAGCGUGACAUACAGUACGUAGUGGCAUUAGCUGUGUGCAGAAGAUUAGGCAGCACAGCUUAGUUUAAGUGUUACUGCUCUCUGCGUCUUCCUCCUGCAGUCAACUGGGACAUCUUCUAAUGUCUGUUGACUUUGCAAGUAUGAUGAUGUACAAAAUGUUGCUGGACAGCAAUAUGACUUAGUUUCCAGAUCCAUCUGCAGUUUUUCACGGAAACUGAUUGCAUCAGAAGAUGGGCACCAUGAGGUUAUAUCCACUGCUGCUGGUGGUGUUCCUUGGGUCUUUCCAAAGAGCCAUUUCUCAGUUUCCUGGAUGGAUUGGAGAGGUGGAAGGUAGUGGUGAGACAGAAUGGAUUCCCCAACCAGACUUCAUAGAUGAGAUCUAUUGGUCGGGGUCAGCGCCCCUUUGUUUAGGAGGCUGUAAGGCGCAGCACCAGGAGCUGAGGAGAGAUCGCUGUGGAGACUCGAGCUGCUGCUGGUUCGGCUACAAGUCCCUGUGCAGAGUGAACUGUGGGAGGCCAGAUGUGGACUAUAAUGGUGUAGUGUAUGGUAACGACUGGUGGGUGGGCUCUGUGGUGAGGUACGCCUGUCGCUCUGGCUUCAUGCUGGUGGGAAGCCCAACCAGAUCUUGCCAGCCUAAUGGCCUCUGGACCCCGAAACCUACCUGUUUCCGAAUGUGUCCGCGGGGACGCAUUGAAAUCAGUGAGAGGGAACUAAAUGGGACGUGCAACUCCACCUGCGCAUAUAAGAGCUACUUCGGCCCACCCAAACAAGGCUGCACCCGGAUAGACAACUGCAAGAAGAAGGAGACUGGCUGGAAGCGGUUCUUUGCACAGUGUGUCCCUUGCAUUUGUGACUGCGCUUUAUCAUGUGCAUCUACAGGCUAAAAGAUGGAGAAAACACUAUGUUGACCAUACAGUGAGACAUCAGAUGAAGAGGAAAUACACAAACAGCUUGUGCACCGCAGAGCCACACACUGUUUUUGCGGCUUUAUCCAAUUGUGUUGACAAAUCAGUGAACCAAAAUCUGGAUGUUUUAAGACAUUAAUUUAAUCUCUCUGGCACACUGAAGCCAACAGUGUCUCCUUGGUUUCUAUAUAUAGGAUUUUACGCUAUGACAAGAAGAUAUCAGUGCCUGAGGUUUAAAUCCAUCUGAGUCGGUGGUGAAUUAUAAGCAAAGCAGAACUGCAAAGUCCAGUCAAUAUGUGUGAUGUAAGGUGGCGACAGGGUCAAAAAAGAUGAGUGAAGGGAAUUUUACUCCAUGUCAGACUUGGGUCAAAUAAUAAUUUGAAAUACUUCAAAUAAAAAGUUGUAGCUGAAGUGCCAGGUGGUGAGGUCUGUUUUUAAUAAGAAGCUCAUUUUGGGGAGGCAAAUUAUUGUUCACAGGAUAGUAUUUGGUAGCCCAGACAGCAUUUCUCCGGUUGGUAGAAUUAACUUGGUGCUAUAAUUUCAUGUCACAGAUUCCACCUAUCAGGAAGAUCUCCUCCUCUCUGUCCAUCUGUCCUGAUCUUUUCUGACUUUAAUCUUGUUACAAAGGGAGGAGCUUUGGUCAGGGAGCUCAGGGGUCACAGUUAACUGAAAGGGUGUUUUAGAUCUCAUAAGCAAAUUGUUUUUUUAGGUAGUAGAGUAUAUAUGCUUUUUAAUAAUUUAAUUAUUUAUUGUGAAAAAUAGCACAAAAUAUCUAUUUUUGUUGCAAAAUCAAAUCUUUAUUUUUACAUAGAUGGACUGUAUAAAUGUGACAUGAUGUCUGGUGCAUUUCAAAGGAAUAAAAAGAAAAACUUUUCUCCCCAUCUGCAGUCAAAGCACCAACACGCUAAUCUCCAGUGCAAACACCCAGUUCAUUUUCUAUGCUUUUGGUCACAGCUUAUGUUUUGAAUCCAGCACCUUGUUGAUUAGUGGCAGUGUGAGGCAUCUCUGGAAAUUUUAACAGUUGAAAACAGAAAUGCAAAGCCUGAAUCUGCAGUUUCCUUAAACGGACUAUUAAGUUGUCAUGAGCUGAAAAAUUAUGCAACUCAUAACAGUUGUAUGCAUUUCACUUUCUAGUGUUAUUCAACCUUCCUGCACUCAAACAGUACACUUAAUUUCUUCUAAUAUUGUCUGUCUUCAAAAUAGUUGUUUUCAUUCCUGAUACUCCAUGUAUUUUUAAUUAUAACUAACUUAAAGAUGACACAAGGCUGGCCAAACAUUCACAAAAUGUAAAUAAAUGUCAUUUUUCAAUCAGUGCCACUAUAUUUUGCAAGUCAGUUGGGUGGAGUUUGUAAAAUUUGAUGCACUGACUCACAAGCUUUGAUUUGAUAAAUGACGUUGCUUCUGAAAGCCACUAGAUGAUGCUGUUUUGCUAAUUCUCAGGCAUCAGGUCACAACAUUUAGCACCACUGUGCACUUUACAGGAACUUGAUAAUCCAGAUACAGCCAUAAAUGGAAAAAUAAAAAAUAAAAAAGUUUGA